AUGUCACAGCAGAACAGUCGAGGAUUUGAGAAAGCUGGAAGCAUGGACCACCACCACCAUGAGCAGGGGUCCCAUCUCCCCGUCCGUGGUACCCUUCCACGCCUGUCCAAACUCCCCAUGCCACGUGCAGUGGCCUCAAGUGAUAACCUGAGACUGUCUGCUCGUUCAUCGCUUGUAGGAAACAUCCACCACGAUGAUUCGCGCAAGACAUCACAUAUUCCGCGUCCACUUGGAGAGAAUGUCAAUCAGUCAAUCCGCUCUCGAUAUGGUUGGUUGGAUAGACCUGGAAACCCAAGGAGCGAGUCUCCCGUGAGAGACGCUCUUCACGAUGUGCAACUCACAACAAUGGACACGACUCCGCCUGGCUCCAACCACGAUCUCCCCGUGUUUGAGACUGGUAACGAGAACCCAACUGCAGCAAAGACCGGGACAAAGGAAAAGUACCGAACUCAACAGAUAUCCCCCACUCCUUCAUCAAUGGCACCUCGUCCAGAUUCGCCAACCAAAAGACCGUUCCGACCGCCAGGGAGAAGCUCUCCGAUCAAGGACAUGAUGGCUCUUCCCCCGGUUGUCUCCCCCGGCGAAAUCUACACACCUCCAAAGGCGUUCGUGAAGGGUCAGCGCUCACGGAUUGCAAAGCCACUUCGGGACUCUAGGAGGUCAACCAGUUCAGCUUUCGAUGCUGCUUAUAAGGAGUCUCCUGGAGCGCCACCGACAAAACUGUCAGCUCAAACUUUGAGAUAUAGGCCAACAUACGGUGACAGAGGAGCAACGUCGCCCACACCAGCGUCAAAGGAAUCUCUCUCAUCCCUUUUCAGAGCCCCUUCUCCUACGCCACAGUCCAGUGGCAAGCUCGCGGUCUCCAACGUUGGCUCGCCGCCUGCACUUCUGAAGCCCCGGUCAAGAGGCGAGAAUACUCUCGCGCCAUCCACUCCUCCCUCGAAAUCGGCAACAAAAUCAAAGAAGAACGCCUCGGCUAAAGCAGAUGCCCCUGUUGCUGCGGUGAGAGAAUCUGAGGCACCGAAUCCGCAAAAGUCGUCAGCAGCUUUGCGAGAAACGAUUGCAAAGGCGAAGGCUGCGAAAAAGAAGGCUCGGGAGAGCGCUGGCACAGCAAGUGCACUGUCAGCUGAAGCGCCUGGCUGGCCCUCGGAUUUCAUUGAUGAAGCCAUGUCUUUAGACGGCGACAACAAAGGCCUCUUGCGAAAACGUAUACAACAGGCUGUAACAUCUGGUCAUCUGAAUAUUGCAGCAAUGAAAUUGAAGGAGAUACCUUCAGAAGUGAUGAAAAUGUAUGAGUCAGAGAACAGCACGACGAUUUGGGCUGAGAUGGUGGACCUAAUAAAACUAAACGCAGCGGACAACGAGCUAAAGGCAUUGGAGGACGACAUGUUUCCUGAUUUUGCGGAAUCAGAUCUAGCUGACGAUGACGAGAAGAGAUGUCAAUUUGGCGGUCUCGAAACAUUAGACCUGCGCCGAAAUCGACUGCGGCAAAUACCCACGGGGUUGCGGAGAUUGGAAAGACUACAGGUAUUGAACUUGAGCGGCAACAAACUUGGCAACAUUGCUUUCGAGGUUAUCGGCCAGAUUCCUCAUCUGAAGGAGCUUAUCAUUGCGGACAAUCUCAUCGAAGGCACGUUGGAACUGGGCGACUGCACGCUCGAGCAUCUUCAAGUUCUGGACUUGCGGGGCAACAAAAUUCAGAGCUUUGGUAUAGAAGGUCUAUCCCUGCUCCAGAACUUGAAGGUCUUGAACAUUGCCGGCAAUAGGUUCUCAACACUACCCUGGAAGAGUCUACCUACCCCAACUCUGACCGAACUCACCAUCUCGCGAAACCGCUUUUCGGGUACUCUGCUGUCUGAUGCGCCGGCUUUCCCUGAGCUGCGUGUGUUAGACGCAUCGUUCAAUGAGCUAGAAAAGCUAUUCGAUGGCGAAAGUGCUCCAGAUCUCCCCAACCUGCGGUCUCUUGUCCUAAAUGGCAACAAGCUGAUCGGCCUACCAUCCCUAACGAGUUACGGUCAACUUCUUGCCUUGGAUGUAUCGGAGAACCAGCUGGAAGAGAUUCCCUCGGAUUUUGCGCGGCUUGAAAAUCUGAAGACAGCAGAUUUUGGAAACAACAACAUCCGACUCGUUGCGCCCGAGAUCGCGACCAUGAUCAACUUGUCGAGCUUCAAUAUCGUUGGAAAUCCACUCCGCGAGAAGAAGUAUCUCACGAUGAACACUUCUGAGCUCAAGACGGACCUCGAGAAGAAGCUUGAAUCAGACCAGUCUGCGCAGACUCCUCAACAGUUGAGCGACAACCUUACCAGCUCAAAUUCCAAGGGGGAGUAUCGCUACACCCCUUCCAAUGGAAUCCUCGACCUCUCGUCACACUCUCUUGCCACGCUCUCCGUUGCCGAGAUCGACUUUUCUUCAUCAGUCCACACCCUCAAACUCUCCAACAACGAGCUCACAUCCUUUCCGGUUGACCUCCUGUCACACCCGUCCCUCAAAUACACCCUCCAAUCCCUCGACCUCUCUCACAACCCUCAACUCCACCCCACAGAGUAUUUGAGUAGUGAACUCUUCCUCCCGAACCUGAAAUCACUCUACAUCGUUUCCACGGGUCUCACCUCUCUGGACGCACUCACAACGUACCUGAAAGCGCCCGCGCUCGCGGAGCUAAACAUCUCAUGCCAUCGUCUGGCGGGGCACGUCCCCUGGGUUCGCGCCUGGUGGCCGAACGUCAACACCCUGCUGGCGACGGAUAACUGGUUUUCUUCGGUUGACGUCGAGGGAGUCCGUGGGUUGGAAGUCCUAGACAUUAGGAAUAAUGAGAUCGAGACUCUACCGCCCAAGCUGGGCCUGUUGGGCAAUCUCCCGGGCUCUAGGGAGAAAUUGGAGGGCAGACUGAGGGUCUUGGAAGUCAGUGGGAACAGAUUCCGCGUUCCGCGGAUCACGGUGGUGGAGAAGGGCACCGAGGCCGUCCUGAAGGAUCUGAGGAGGAUGGUCCGCCAGGAGGAGCUCACGGACGAGUGGAGAGAUGCGAUAUGA